AAUGGCGGCACCCAUAAUGCCUCGCGGCCCUGCAACGUCGCCGGCCAUGGCGGGGGCAGCGGCUGCGCCGUGAGGAGCCGGGCGGGACCGGGAGCCGGCGUCGCCGCCGCGUCAGGACUGCCGCCGAGGCCGAAAGGAGAAGCUGAUGUGUUCCCGGUGAGUCUGGCCAUGUUCUGAAACCCUCCUCCGGGACCGAUCUGAGAGUGGGGCGUCUUGGCUCACGGCUUUUCUGGAAGAAGGUUGCCAGCCCCUCGUCCUUGGUGAAGUUUUUGAACCAUGGCAAGUCCAAGGACAAGGAAAGUUCUUAAGGAAGUCAGAGCACAAGAUGAGAACAACGUCUGUUUUGAAUGUGGUGCGUUUAACCCCCAGUGGGUGAGUGUGACCUAUGGAAUUUGGAUCUGUCUUGAGUGCUCAGGAAAACAUCGAGGCUUGGGAGUUCACCUCAGUUUUGUACGCUCUGUAACUAUGGACAAAUGGAAGGAUAUUGAGCUGGAGAAAAUGAAGGCUGGAGGUAACAGCAAAUUUCGAGAGUUCUUGGAGUCUCAAGAUGACUACGAUCCCUGCUGGUCAAUGCAAGAGAAAUACAACAGCAAAGCUGCAGCUCUUUUUAGAGAUCAGGUAGCUACUGUAGCUGAAGGCAAGGAGUGGUCCCUUGAAACUUCUCCUGCAAAGAACUGGACCCCACCACAGCCUAAAAUGUCACUCUCUUCAGCUCAUCGUAGUUCUGCUGGACAAUCUCAGAACGCAACUGCCUCGUCUGACAAAGCUUUUGAAGACUGGUUAAAUGAUGAUGUCAGCUCCUAUCAAGGUGGCCAAGAGAAUCGCUACGUGGGGUUUGGGAACACAGUAACUCCUCCAAAAAAGGAAGAUGACUUCUUGAAUAAUGCUAUGUCAUCGCUGUACUCGGGAUGGAGCAGUUUUACAACUGGAGCUAGCAAGAUUGCCUCAGCUGCUAAAGAGGGUGCUACCAGAUUUGGAUCUCAAGCAAGUCAAAAGGCAUCAGAGUUAGGUCAGACAUUAAAUGAAAAUGUUCUCAAACCUGCACAGGAAAAGGUGAAAGAGGGGAAAAUUUUUGAGGAGGUCACCGUGGGGGUAUCACAGUUGGCCAGCAAGGUACAGGGAGUUGGAAGUAAGGGAUGGCGAGACGUCACCACUUUCUUUUCUGGCAAACCAGAUGAUAAUUCUGAAAGACCAGCUGAGGGAGACAGCUACCAGAACAGUGGAGGGGAGGGCUACCAGAACAAUGCUGUAGAUCAAAGCUUCUGGGAGACCUUUGGCAACUCAGACCCACCAAAAGCCCAUAAAUCUCCAAGCAGCGAGAGCUGGACGUAUGUGGACAAUUCCACAGAGAAGAAGAGCUCCGACAGCUGGGACGUAUGGGGUUCAGGAACAGUCUCCAACAACAAGAACAGUAACAGCGACAGCUGGGAAAAUUGGGAGACCAACUGGGAAAACACAGGAGGGGAGAGCAAGACCAAAAAACCUCCUAAGGCAACAAAAAAGGCAUCUUCAGCUGAUGAUGGGUGGGAUAACCAGAACUGGUAGAACUCUGUUAACCCUGUUUUGCACAGCUAGGGAAGGGAGGCUAUGCUGGCCAAUUGAGGGGAGACAGUUUCACACACAAUUGGAUUAUCUUGGUUGACUUUACUGAUCUGUUACUUUUGUGCUUCCUUCCCAUUCGUUCUCCUUUCUUCUGUCCAAGUUUAGGAAAAAAAUUAGUGUCUGAAUCUUGUUAUUACAUAAAGAUGGCUCUCCCAUUUUCAAGGAUAAUGUUAAAUAUAAUCUCCUUGCACUAUUGAAGCUGAGUACAGUAACUUUCUUAACAGGGAUGUUCACAGGAAAAAAAGUGCAAGCACAUUUUCAUGGCACAACCUUGCAUGUGUAGUUUUAUAGGUCUUCAUCCAGUCUUCGUAUAAUUUGAGAUGACCUGAAGUGUUUAAUACAAUCAAAGGGGAGGGUGUGUCUUAAAAAGAUAGCCAUUAAAUAAGCAAAUUGCAGUUGCAUAGUUCUAGUUCAAAUGCCUUAUGGAUUGCUGGGACCACUUUAAGUCUGGCAAUUCAAAAUGGUCUUUAAGAUACUUUUUAUUGGAGAUGUGUUUUUAAACUUUGAGGUGUGAAGACUUUUAAAACUUUUCUCCCCUUAGAACUAAUAAAGAAUCUAGAGCUAGCUUAUCUAGCUUAUUUGUAUAAACUCAUUGUUUUGACAGCGUAAGCUAUCAAGGGAUAUUUAGAAUGGCUCUGCUUGUCCUUCUUACUCAUUUGGUUAAGAGUUUACACAGUGCAGCUUUCCUACACAUGUAAUGCAAAGCUGUGAUAUUCUCCUUCCUUUUCUGUAUUCCUCCCCCGAUUUGAGUAUUAGUAGAAUCUGUCUUUUCUCUGUCUGAUUUUCUUCCUUUUACCCUUCUAUUUCAUCUAUUGUGAUAAAAGUUACAUCUUUCUUUUCUGUUGCUUAUGGCCUUUUAGACAUUUAUUUGGCAACUUGGCAGUGAAACAAACUUAUUAAAAAAAAAUACAGUUAGAUAAAAUAGGUGGAAAAUAUGAGAACAUUGAGAAGCGAGACUGCCAGCAAGCUGCUUUCCAGAUGAGUAGAUGUCUGGAUUUAAUAGUCAAACUUAAAUUAAGCAGAUGUUUUCCAAAUUAAUCAUUAAUUUGUCAAACUAUAUGUCUGUUUCUAUUAUGUCUUUCUCCAGAUUUUCUUCCUGGAUCUUGUUAAAGGAAACACUCUUUUGGAAACUUUAGAAACUUCUUGUCAGCAUUAAGGGAUGGAAUAGGAGAUUCAGUUAUGUCAUGUUUUUGACCCCACAAACUGGUUUGCAUAACACACAAACCAUAACUUCUGUAGAAAAAUUGGGACUCCCUCCUUCAUCAACAAAGGUGUCUUAUGUAUGCCUACUGGUCCUGUUUUUGGGGAUGCGUUGAGCUGAUUAUUUGCAGCUGUAUUUGAAAACUGUAAAUCGUGAUGUCUUUACAUAGUCUACUUUGGUACCAGUAUGGAGUUCUUUACUGUGGACACUGUAAAUCUUAGAGCAUGUCCAAAAAACCUUUUAUUUAAAUGAGUUAGCUGUUCAAGCAAAUGAUCAACUCCAGUCAUCAAAGUUAUCUCAAAUAAUGCAUUUCUUUUUCUCUUCACAGAGGUUUUCAAGUUUAUAGUAAUAGUCAAAAGUCAAGAGGCCAUGUAAUUGUAUUCAGCAGCCAAAAAAGAAAGAGAAGGGGGAGGUAAAUUAUGAAUUAUAUCGUUUUUAAAGUAGCGGUUUUUAAAGACUUAUAGUCUAAGUUAGAUUUAUAUCCCCGAAUUCUGAUCUUGCAGACCCACUGCUGUAUUUCUAUUCGUAUGAUCUUUCAGAUGGUCAAAAAAUAAUUUUCUAGCCUUCUCUAGCCCUCUCCAGCAAAAGUUGGGAUUUUUUUUUUCCUUUUGCUUCUCCUGAUAAAAAGGUUUCUGAAUCUAGUGCAGUUGCAGGAGCCAGUAUUGCUCGUGACCCAAGCACCAGCCUAAGCUGAGCCACGCCAGUUGCGCGAAGCAUCCUUGCUGAUGUGAUGAGCCUGUGGAAGAGACAAAGGCAGAAGAGAUCUAAGUUUUCAAGGCUGCUUGUGGUACUGUUGGAAAAGAGGCUUACAGCCUGACUAUAAAACAAGGAUUUUGUUCUAUGUUUUCUUCUGUUCCAGAUACACUUUUGUCAUAGCUUAAUUGCAUGUCAUACAUGUAACUUUGUAUUUUUAUGCAUACACAUCUGUUGCCUUAUUCUUGUCCUUCGUCUGCUGCCCAGUACGAAACUGUAAUGCACGUACUUUGAAGGCCAUGCUGUGUAAUUUAUGUGAAUUGGCAUUGCCAAGUCCUUGACUGACGGUUAAUCUUCGUGAAGUGUUGCAGUAGUGGUGACAGCGUAAUGCAUCUGACCGGCUGCGUUGUCUGACUGCUGAUGUCUGUCUGAGGUGAUGUGAAGCUGAUUCAGCUUCCUGUGUACAAAUUUGUUACAGUUUCUCUUUCAUAAACCUCCUGCAAUAGCUUGUAGAAGGAUAGGAUUUAUUUCAAUCCAUUCAAUCAACAGUACUGUGGUGGAUAUGCAUACAUUUUCCUCAGUUGUGUGUUUUGCCUAGGAGAAAACUAGUUUACUUGUAUAUCACUUGCAGCUACGAAUGGCAUAGGCCAUUUGUUUUUGUCAGGUUUUUUUUGUUUUGUUUUGUUUUUUGAAACUUUAUGUUCUAAAUUAAACAGCCAGAGUCCUACUAAGGCAAAAGUUUUGGAAUACUGAUUUUUUUUUCUUUCUUCCAGUUGAGUAGACGGUGACAGAAAAGUUGCCUUCUUUACGUACUGCUGUAGAGAUACAAAGCUAGGCUACAACUCCCAGAACAGAAAGGUGUUAGUGGAAGAUACUAAAGACAGUAUAAAGAGCUGGCAGAAACUAAAGCUACAGUGACAAAGCUAACGUGCUGACUGAUCUCAGUUUGACAGGUGAAUCAACAUUUUUGACUUGUUUGAAUCUGAAUAAUUUAUUAUGUCUUCCAGAGGAGAUGAUGAAAUGAGGGCAUUUUCUGUUGCAAAGCCUUUGUUUUGAUUUUGCUGUUUCAAAGAGUAGAGGGCUAGGAAGUUUCUGCUUUGGAAAGCAGUUUGGUAGAACACAUACAAUCAAGUUGGAUUUGUGGAGGGAGUGUUUAUGAGUCGGAAUUUUCAUUAUGAUCUGGACUUGCUUAAAACAUUCCCCCUUUCUUUUUUUGGCUCAAUCGUGAGCACUGUAAACAGAGGCACUGAUUAUAGCUGGGCAGAGCUGAGGCUGCCUCCCUUAAAGAUAUGGCUUGGUGGUGAAUUUGAGUCAGCAUCUGGACAGGCAAGGCUCGAAUGUCCCUAUAUUUCACUUGCUUGGAGGAUGAAUAGGGCUCCACUUUCCAUUCAGUCCUGCACCUUUUAUUAACACUUUUAAAGGUCAUACAAGCAGAUUGUUGGGAAAGAGAGCUGUAGGUGAAAUGACACCUGGAACAACUGGACAUUGCAACAUUCAUUUCACAUUUCCUAGUGUUUCAAACUUUGUUUUAUUCCUUUGUAUGGCUUGAAUUUUGGAAGAUACAGAGCAGCUGGAUUCCUGCCAAUAGUCUGAAAUCAGAGAAACUUCAAGACAUUCAAAUUAAGUGCCACUUGCAAAGGACAGAAAAAGACAGAAAGUCUUGGUGAGUGUUCCUAAGCCAGGCACUGAGCCUAAUUCUAGGAGUUAGGGGUUAUUUUAAAAUGUUUCAUUUUUGUCUUGAAGCCUGUUAAUAACUAUUACAUUUCAAGAAGUCCUUGGCCAACUCUCCCUUAUGGUUGAGGUUUCAAGGAUAAUGCUGCUGCUUUUAUUUUUUCAGUCCAAACUGUGUAACAUUCCAUGGGUUCAUAAUGUAUUUAUCAGUGUAAUAAUCUGUGCAAUAAUUUAACAAGUGUAGGUAAAACCUUUGUUGUUUAAUUCAGGAUACAUUUAAAGAUACAGUGGUCCUCUUUGAGAAUAGCAGUCAACCAUGGUAUUUCAGUUUUCGCCUUGCUUUGGCAAUAUUAAAUUCCAGUAACCUUGUCAAGGAGGCAGAUAUUUAAACAGAAAUCAAGAAAUGCUAUAAUGCCCAUUAUUAGAGUUUUAUUGUAAUGGCUUAGAAGGACCUCUUAAAGCCCCUUUUUAAUUUUCAUGCCCGUGGUCAGUGUGGAAUACUGUAUCUUUAAUUUUCCUGAUGUGUUUUACGUGAAAUUCACAGGAAUGGCAACUUCAGUGAAUGCUAUUCAUUGUUCUGUAGAGUGGUACUGGACUUGAAUUGCAGUGUCAUCUUUUAAAAGAGCAUUAUAAUAAAGCAAAGAGAUACGGAGCAGAA